ACGCCAGUAUCCACUAUCCAGUCCAUGUUUUAUACUAAUUAUAAAACGGGGUGUGGGGAAACCGGACGGAAAUCCUGUAAGGCUUACAGCUCUCUGCUCCGCAGCGCAACUGUUAUUGUCGGCCCUUGCCUUGAUGGGAGCCAAAUUUUUUUUUAAUGCUAUGAUGAAGAUAGUUUCUCACAUUUCAGGCAAGCUCUAUUCUUUAUCUGGAGUUUUAGGGGUUUAGAUUCAUUCGGUUCUUUCCGAACUUGCUCUGAGCUUGUCUGAUCCCUUUUCAGUACCGUGGAAAGUUGGGGACUUUGUUUGAUUUUUUAAUUUUAAUAUGUGAUUGUUGAAGUUGGGACGCUCAUUUCUUCAAAUUAAGCUCUUUUGAACUGGGAUUUUCUGUUUAUCGUCAUUUCUUCAAGAAUGGGAUAGUUGCUUGAUUGAUGAGCUUAAUUGAGAACGAAAAAUGGAGCAUGUUGAGGAUAAAUCUACCGUUGAACAUAAGAGUAAAGAGCCAGAACUUGAUAAAGAGCAAGAGGGCUGCAGCACUAGAUCAGAAUCGUCAGGAUUGCGUGUAUCUACCGUUUCUGACUUGCUAGGAAGCUCCACCAACUCCGACGGAGAUCAAUUGCAAAAGGGUUUGUCAAACAGAUAUGUGAUGGCUCUGGGAAAUCAACAUGUCCCCCGUACAAAGGCUUAUUCUGUAACUGAUGUGGGGAAAGGGAACGCAGUUGAAGAAUCUACGAAGAGAGAUUUUAAGACUUCCAUCUUGGCUUCGGUUAGCAGCACAAAUGAUUGUGAGGCAAUCAAUCAUAGGCAGAAGGAUAUGUGGCAAAAUUUUUUUCGAUUGGCAGGGGGGAUAAGGAGUAGGAAUUUUUCUGGAGCAUCAGUUUCCGAGAAGCAGGGUGGAAUAUCAUUAAGUUCGAAGGAGAAGAAGGAAAUGGAGUCUGUGGGUAUUAAGGAGCUUAAACCUUUGAUGACAAAACAGAAGAAUAAAGUCCUAGGUGGAGUUUCCACUCGUUCUGCAGAUAAUUGUCGCUCGCACACUCAAAGCAAUCAACAGCCUGGUGGGGAUGAUCGUUCAAAAGUAUUACAAUCUUCUAGCUUUACUAAUUUCUUCAGGAAACAAUCUCGCGAGGAUAAGGCUGUUGAAUGUACAGAACCUGAAGUUCAUUACAGACCUCAUUCUGCAGCCAUGACGCAAUAUGAAAAACAAUUGAUUACUCUUAGCGCCCAUAAUUCUGGCGUGUUGGCGGACACAAAGGCUUCUCAAAGUCUGCCUCCGUUGCCUGAUAAGUAUCUGGUAGGACCUGUAGCAUCUCAUGGUAAGAUCACUUUGAGAGAUUGGCUAAGUUCUGGGGCUUCUGAGAUGAAGAAAGUUGAGAGGCUGCGCUUAUUUAAACUGAUUGUGGAGUUAGUGGAUUUAGCACACUGUGAAGGAAUUGGACUACUAGACUUGAGGCCAUCCAAAUUCAUUUUUGCCUCACCUGAUAGCAUUAAGUACACUGGUUCAUCAGUUCCAAUAGGAUUGAUGACCAUGGUGAACCAAGCUAUGACUAAGAAAAAGCCAUUGGAGCAGGAUGCCUAUGACCAGAGAGAAAUGCUUGUAAAGAAGCAAAAGCUUGGCAAGGACAUGGAAUCAAUGAGACAUGAAUCUCAAAUUUUUUCUGCCUAUUGCACAGUUAACGAAACUAUUGGGCCCAAGUCUGAAUUGGAACCUGAGGUGGUUCAAAUGGAAAAGAAGUGGUAUGCUUGUCCAGAGGAGCUUCAUAGCAGUGGCCUAUUGUCAUCAAAUAUUUACAAUCUAGGCAUUCUCCUAUUUGAGUUACUUUGCCAAUUCGCAUCACCGGAGUUGCAUUUCGCAGCCAUGUUGGAUUUGCGAGACCGAAUUCUACCUGCAAAUUUUCUUUCUGAAAAUCCAAAGGAAGCUGGUUUUUGCUUUUGGCUGCUUCAUCCUGAACCUUCGUGCCGUCCGACAACAAGGGAAAUCCUACAAUCUGAAUCAAUUUAUAGUUCCGAGGAUGUCCUUGUGGGAGAUAAUGCACCAUCAAUGAUGGAGAAAGAAGAGGAUGUAGAAUCAGAGCUCUUACUUCAUUUUCUAGAUUCGCUUAAGGAACAAAGGCAGAAUCAUGUUUCAAGUUUACUGGAGAGUAUAAAAUGCUUAGAAACAGAUAUCAGAAAAAUUGGAAGCAGACAUGAACAAGAAUUUUACUCAGAUUGGAUGGACCAACGUUUAAGUGCUUCAAGGUCAAGUCUUGUUUCUAAAGAUAGGGAUGAUAUUGAAAUUCUUCCAAGAAUAUUCUCAUCAAGAAGUAUGAUUGAAGAAAAGUUAAAUUUGAUGAAAAACAUCAGCCAGCUGGAAAAUGCUUAUUUCUCUCUGAAAUCUCAGGCCCAAAUCACAGAGAAUUCUUCCUUGGAAAGAGCAGACAAGGCCUUAUUGAGUAUUCGUGAGAAGUGGUUUGAGGCUCAAGAUGCAAAUAAAGACCCAAACAUGGAAGAAAAACUGAUUGAUCGAGUUGGAGUCUUCUUUGAAGGCAUUUGUAGAUUUGCUCGCUAUAGUACCUUUCAAGUGUGUGGAACAAAGUGGAACGCUGAUUUUCUAAACUCUGCAAAUGUCAUUUGCUCUUUGAGUUUUGAUCGGGAUGAGGAGUAUAUUGCUGCUGCAGGGGUCUCAAAGAAAAUCAAAAUCUUUGAGUUUGGUUCACUUCUGGAUGACCCUGUUGACAUUCAGUAUCCUAUGGUUGAGAUGUCAAACAGAUCUAAGCUUAGUUGUGUUUGCUGGAACCAAUAUAUCCAGCACUUUUUGGCUUCUACAGAUUAUGAUGGUAUAGUGCAGAUCUGGGAUGCAAGCAAUGGUCAAUGCUUUGCUCAAUACAUUGAGCACCAGAAGAGGGCUUGGUCUGUUGACUUUUCUUGUGUGGAUCCAGCAAAGUUUGCCAGUGGAAGUGAUGAUUGUUCUGUGAAAUUGUGGAGCAUCAAUGACGAAGAAUACAAAUCCAAUAAGCUUCAUUGUAGAUCAGUUGUUUAUUACAUGAGCAUUGAACAAACAUUAUGCAUGGCCAUCCCUGCUUAUUUAUGUGGAGAAGACUAUCAAAUGCAAUGCGCAUAAGUCGGUUAACUGUCUCUUUUGGUGAGAAACUCUAUUGGAACAAUAUGGAAUCCUGCCAAUGUUUGCUGUGUUCAAUUCUCUACUUGCUCGUCAUAUAUUUUGGCUUUUGGUUCUGCUGAUUACAAGAUCUACUGUUAUGAUCUUCGACACACAAGAAUUCCUUGGUGUGCAUUAGCUGGCCAUGGAAAGGCAGUUAGCUAUGUGAAGUUCAUGGAUUCAGAAACUCUUGUUUCUGCAUCCACGGAUAACACCUUGAAGCUUUGGGACCUCAAGAACACUACCAUUGAGGGUUCUAUUUCGAAUGCUUGCAGCUUGACCUUUAGUGGACAUACUAAUGAGAAGAAUUUUGUUGGUUUAUCUGUUUUAGAUGGAUAUAUAGCAUGUGGUUCUGAAACUAAUGAGGUUUUUGCGUAUUACAGAUCUCUGCCAAUGCCGAUUGCUUCUCAUAAGUUUGGGUCCUUUGAUCCUAUAUCUGGUCAUGAACUUGAUGAGAGCAAUGGGCAGUUUGUUUCAAGUGUUUGCUUUAGAAGAAAAUCUAACAUAGUUGUUGCUGCAAACUCAAGUGGUAGUAUAAAGCUAUUGCAAAUGGUCUGAGAAAGCUCCAUUCUACCAUGAACAUUUGAAUCACAGUUUUCUGAUCACAUGAUUCUCGGCAAAUUGCUGCUAUUUUGGAACUGGCACUCACCUUUAGCAGUUCACAUGAGUUCUUCAUGGUAAAAGGUGAACUGCUUGUAAAGCUUGAGCAUUUAUAGAAUCCCCAUUUCAUAUUCUCUGAAGAUUGGUGAAGAGAUGUGAGAUAUGCUCCUUAUCAAAAUAAGCUCGGACAAGGUAAAUUUGCAACUGACUUUUCUAUAUAAGAAUGUUUUUGUUUAAUGAAAAUCAUGUACUAUUAUCUGUAAGAAAAUUUUUGACCUGUUACUCCAAGAAAUUUGUGUAGCAUCCACUGAGUAUCCGGGCUUUUUCCUCUAAUCUGUUGGGAGGAGCUAUUGGCUGAGUUCCAUUUGCUCAUUUAUUGAAGUGUGAUACCAUGGCCUUUGUGCAGUGAUAAAAUGAAGCUGACAGCAGUUCAACUUGCUUGGAGCAGUUCUUUCAAGUUCAAUCUUCAAAGAUGCUUGCUGCUUGAUAAUCAUGCAUCAAAUAGACAGAGUGAAGAGAUAACCUGGCUGUUUAAUGGGUUUGACAUCUGCUGAUUUUUUGGACGAUAGCAUUCUCCUGUUCAUAGUUUCUGGAGAGGCACAAGACCUCCUUUCAGAGGGUGAUGGUAAUGGAUCAUCCACAGUUGCACUUUCAUCCCCACAUGCUGAAGCAUCACUUCCUGAUUCAGAAUUUUCUCUCUGGCUUGUAUUUGAUUUUUCCUUCUCUGCUACCCUGUAUACAAACAUCUGAAAGGGAAUCUCUGAUAUGGGCAACAUAUUGGAUUCUGCCCAAGAAGGAAAGCUCCUCAAGAUCACUGUCUCAAUUUCACUGUAAUCCACGAGUGGCACUGGGGUUUCUGGCUGGCUAUGAUCAGGGUUCAUCAACAAGAAUCUCUUUAUGUACCGGAGAAUUCUGCAGAUGGAUGCAAAACUUGGACGUUGGUUUGGGUCAUCGUGCCAGCACUUUUUUGUCAAAUUCGUCAAAUAUUUUGGCGAGUGAAAUGGGAAUAGUGGUCUUUCCCCUGCUCUAAUGUUUCUGCUCAUUUUAUCUCCUUGGAGAUGGCCAUCUUCAAAAGGGACUUUCCCUGUUAAAAGCUCAAAGCAAAUCAUCCCAAAACUAUACACAUCUGCCUUCUCCGUGUACUUGGAGUUAUCAGCAUUGCCUGAUUGUUCUUGAUCUGCUAGCACCUCUGGAGCGUACCAGAUGACUGGAAGCUGCCCAUUCUGAUUGGAAUUGGAUUUCUGAGGGAGGCUGACAGAGGAGAGAAGUCCAAAUGUGCGAACUUUUGCAUGCAAGUAACCAUCUGUAUUGAUGUUUCUGGAUUUUACAAGAAUGUUUGAAGGAUUCAAAUCUCCGUGAUAGAUUUUUUUUGAGUGGAGAUAUUCCAUUCCUCUUGCAAUCUGAAGCAUAAGGUCAACUGCAACAGGAAGAGAAAAUGGAAUUCGCUUCCUUGGUCCACAAAUUUCUUUUAUAUGACUGGAAAGAUCUCUGUUCAUGAGUUCCAUAACUAAGAAGCAUUCCUUUCUUUCCUCAUCAGUAAAUGCACAAAAGAUAUGCAUAAUAUUAGGAUGAGUAAGAGCUAAUUCUUGAGAGAUUGCUGGAAACAUUGGUUCAAUGUCCCCAAAAAAGUGUCUCAGAGCAAAGCUUUCACCCAACCAUUGAAUCUCCUUGUACUGGCUUCCACUUCCUAACCGCCGCCUGACCUGGUAAUCCUUAGAGCUCACUAAGGUGGAGGAAGGCAGGAGCUUCUCUUCAACUGGUCCUGACACACUUAAGUUCUUCAGAAGAAGAUCAGCGAGUCGCUGCUCCUGCUUUGUUGAACUUACUGAACCAGAAAUUUGUAUCUCUUGGAGUUUUCUCAACAGAACCCAUCUAUCCUCAUCCCACACUGAAUGUAACCUAUUGCAGAAAUCUUGGCUAACUAGAUAUUCAUUACCAAACUUCCACUGAAAGAUUCGGGGAUCUUUACAGUCUUUUCGAUACUUCAACGAGUAAAGAAGUCUCUUCUUUUGUAUCUCGUCUUGAUCCCAUCCUGACAUUUCUCCAGCAAUUUCAAUUGCUUCAAUAACAAUGGGGAUGCAGCAGAGCAGGUUAUGUAUAUGGAACUCAACACAGUCUGAAUUCUGAUAAAGCCUUAUAGCUUUAACCCACCAGUCCUUCGUUUCUAGGCACUGCCGGAUGUAAAUUUCUCCUUCCCUAAUUAUCCUGAGGAGCUCUCUUAAGGGACUUUCAAGCACCUUCCAUUUCGUACUCUUCUCUUCAAAUCUCAGGUUCUGUUGCAUCUCCUUGGCAAUUGUUUUAUAAGCACGAUUCAUCAUGUCAACCAGCAAGCAACACUGUCGCUGAUUAAUUUGUAUGUCAUCCUGAAAGACCAUCAAUGCCUUGAGACUUCCAAUCACCUCUCCAAUCUGCCGGAAUUGCUCCAUCGUCGUCAACUCUUACAGGUGUCUGAUACUGUGUAAUGAUCAGAACAGAGAAGAACAGAAAGUAGAGAAUAAGGAAAGAGUUAGACAGGGAAAGAAAAGAAAGAACAGAGAGAACCAGAAGAGAAUUGAAUUGAGAGAGAACCAGCAGUUACAACAAUUCACAAGCUGCUUAUUUUCGCAGAUCA